CUCAGAUUGGACAGUUAGAUGCGCAUUAAUAAUAGGCUACGAGGAAUUUGAGCCAUUUGUGCUGCGUUAGAGGGCGCAAAGGAACAUUUUUUUUCUAUGUACCUUCCUGGACCAGUCUGUCGGCUGCUUACUUUGAAGACCACUCUUAAACCCAGAGCUCAGUCCGUGCUGGAAGCGCCCUGAGGAGAGUUACCGUAUGGCGUGGCUGCUUAGCGCAGAGGAAAGGACGGGAGAAAACUAUUCUUUUUUGUAGAAGCAUUCAUGUUUUCGCCUUGUAAUCUGUGCCAUUUUAAAACAGACUGCGCCGUCUGAACUGGAUUGUGGAUUAUUUUUUUGAGAAAAACCGUAGACUUUUGGAGUGUCUAAAACUCGUGGAUCGAUGAGAGAAGACAGGCAGACCGGCUCCCCUGCAGUUUUGAGAGAGAAAGAGAGGCGAUUGCAGUUGAGCACAGAGGAGGGGGACGCGACGCAAGGGUGCCGAAUUCACAGCCAUGAGUAGGGCUCUCGCAGACCCCAUCGCCACCAGCUUCAGAGAGGAUGCUCCUCGUCCCCCCGUCCCGGGGGAAGAGGGCGAGACGAAAUGCUACAACCCCUGCAAGCUCGCCGUGAUGAGACUCAAGGAUACGGUUAAAUCCGCUGUAAAAGUCGCCCCUCCCGGCUCCGCGGCGAGGAGGGAUGAGGAUGGACUCGGGGAGCCGGAGGGAAGCGCCUCACCGGAUUCGCCCCUCGCGCGGUGGACCAAGUCUUUGCUUUCGCUUCUUGGGGACCAAGACGGUGCUCAACUUUUUCGGACAUUUCUGGAGCGAGAGAAAUGUGUGGACACGCUAGACUUUUGGUUUGCCUGCAACGGUUUCAGGCAAAUGGACCUCAAGGAUACCAAAACGCACAGAGUGGCUAAAGCAAUUUACAAGCGAUAUAUUGAAAACCACAGCGUGGUCGCCAAGCAGCUGAAGCCGGCGACCAAGACCUUCAUUCGGGAUAGCGUCAAGAGGCAACAAAUUGACUCAUCAAUGUUUGACCAGGCACAGACGGAGAUUCAGACAGCGAUGGAGGAGAACGCUUACCAAAUGUUUCUCACCUCCGACAUCUACCUCGAUUACGUCCGGAGUGGGUGCGAGAAUGCCGCUCACGGCAGCCCGGAUGGGCUGGGCAGCCUCAAACUUGUGUGCGGCUACUUGCCCACCCUUAACGAGGAAGAGGAGUGGAGUUGCAGUGACUUCAAAGCCAAAGCCUUAGCCUCCAUGGUCGGACUGUCCGCGAAAGCCCUCCGGACAGCUCCCUCUGUGAGGGCGGUGGAGGCGCUGGAGAGAGGAUACAGGUCGUACAGGCGUGGGGAGUCGCCGAGUCCCUUCCACAUCAGCACCGGUCUCGCCUUCGCUCCGGCCUCCAGUGCCAACGACAGCGAGAUCUCCAGCGAUGCCAUGACAGACGACUCCAUGUCCCUGGCAGACAGUCUGGACGGGGUGUGUGUGCAGCAGCUGGGCUCCAGGAAGCAUCUGCAGCGGGAGAUGCAGCGCAGCAUGAGGAUCAACGGCCAGGUGUCGCUACCUCACUUUCCUAAGGGGAGGAGGCCGCCGCGUGAGAUGGGUCCAGCGGAGCCGGCCGAGUUUGCUGCCCAGCUGACCGCUCGUCUGGAGCGCCUCAAGAGGGAGCAGGACAGCAUGAGCUGCCUGGAGGAGAGACUGCAGCAGAUCCAGGAGGAGGAGGAGCGUGACGACACCGAGGCGUCCUGCGGCGUGUCCUCUCUCAGCCCGCACCCGCUGUCCCUGCCGUCCACCUCCUCGUGCGACGAGGACGCGCAGGCCAUCCUGGACGAGCACCUGUCCCGCGUCCUCAAGACCCCCGGCUGCCAGUCGCCCCCGUGCCCGCGCUCCCGCUCGCCCGACCGCCACCACCACCACCACCGCUCCCCGCUGGCGCGCGCCAAGCUGCCCUUCUCCUCCUCCUCCUCCUCCUCGGCCUCCCCCGGAGGCGCGUCGUUCGGCUGCUACGCCACGAGCCCGGCGGGCGUCGGCGCCCCCCACCACCACCACCACCAGACCACGUUCGUGUCGCGCCAGUCCACCCGGCACAUCCACCACCACAUCCACCACCACCACGGCGGCGGCGCCGGUGCCAACGGCGGAGGCAGCGGCAGCGGCGGCCCCGGUGCCACUUCGCCUCGCUCCCGCGAGCAGCUGGAGGCCGAGGCGGCGCGGCGGGUACAGGGUCUCUGUCGAGGGGCGCCCGGCGGAAUGGUGCCCCGGAGCCGGAGCCUGGGCAGGGAACAGCAGGGAGAGGGAAGCCCCACCACUGAGCUCGCCCUCGGGCACUCAAGCAUCCUCGCCCAGCGCCUGUGGAAGUCUGGCGAGGAGGUCUCCUCCGAGAGCAGCGAGGCCGACGGCGUCCAGCUGCCCACCGACACCACUGACCGCUCGCAGAACGUCUGGCAGUGGAUCAUGGAGAGCGGCCGGCAGCCUCGGCACAAGACGAACGGGGUUGCCCAGGGUGCCAAGCGGUGGCAUGGUGCCGAGCCCUCCCCCUCCUCCUCCUCCGCCGCCGCCGCCGCACGCACGCCCACCUGGGGCGGCGGUGGCAGCAGUGGGCACCUGCGCGCCCACCAGCCAGCCCACCCGUUCGUCCAGGACCCGGCCAUGCCCCCACUGCCCCCUCCCAACACCCUGGCCCAGCUGGAGGAGGCCUGCCGACGCCUGGAGGAGGUGUCCAAGCCCCCCAAACAGAGGCACUCUCCGUCCAGCGUGCAGAGAGAGCGAGGGCCUGGAGCCCCUGUCCAGAACGGCCCGUCGUCUCAGCUGGGCCCGGGCCUGCAGACCGAUGAGCUUCCGAAGGAGGCGAGGAAGCAGGCCAGCGGUCAAGGCUCGCCGGGCGGCGCCGAGACGGUGGUGACGUACUUCUUCUGCGGCGAGGAGAUCCCGUACCGGCGCGUGAUGAAGACGCACAGCCUCACGCUCGGCCACUUCAAGGAGCAGCUCCGCAAGAAGGGCAACUACAGGUACUACUUCAAGAAGGCCAGCGAUGAGUUUGAGUGCGGCGCCGUCUUUGAGGAGGUGUGGGAGGACGCCAGCGUGCUGCCCAUGUACGAGGGCAAGGUCCUGGGGAAGGUGGAGAGGAUGGACUGAGCCACUGUUCCGGAAGCUUCUCCCGCCACUAUUGCCCCCACUCCACCCCACCCAUCUAAAGCUGCUUAUGCUCCUCUCCAACACCCUUGGAGGGCAGAACCCUCAAAAAAAAAAAAAGCUCACACCCUGGACAUCUACAGUACAGAGGAACUUGACCAGGAACACAAGGACCCUCUCAUGAGAUGGACCUUAUGAAAGCUUCAAGUUCUCACUGGAGACUUUCAGGCUACAGUACACGUGCGUUUUUGAAUUCUCUUCCAGAGGACUUUUAUUCCACAAAAGCUAUUGAAGGAAUACUAGCCAAUGAAGGAACAAUGCAAGAAGGUGCCGUAAAAAAAGGCGAGAGGCGAGAGGCGAGUCCAAGUUGACCCCUGCACCUGAUGGACAUUACGAAGAGGCAGCAAGAGGGACAUGUGAAGCUGCUGUCUUGGGAGAGUGUGUCGGGGACUUGAAAGCUACCGACACGCUCUCUGGCACCUCACCGUUGUUGGGUUGUGUGUGUGUGUGUGUGUGUGUGUGUCAGUCUGUGAUCAGGAGAGACUCCUACCACAGGGACUGCUUGUCUGGACUGUGAGUCAAGGACGAGGAUCGUUGUUCCCACGCGAGUUCCCUGAGAUUGUGCUACAGCAGGCACAGAGCCUGCCUGUUCUGAGACAUGCCAUCUAUCUAUAACAAUUAGUGCUAAUUGUCGAUUCCUUAUUGGGUGUGUAUGUGUGUGUGCACCUGUGUUUUGUGUUUGUGUGAGUGAGAGAGAGAGAGAAAAAGAUAGAGUGGGUGUGGGUUUGAAAAAGGUCCUCAUAUGUAAACAUUUAUGUAUUAAUUUUUAUAUGAUUUAAGUUUAAAAGACUAUAUAUUUAUUUAUCUUAAAAGAGUGUCAUUCCUGUUCCCAUAACCCUCCCCAUGUCCAGUAGAUGGACAAGCUGCUUUUUGGGAGACAUCAGACAGAAAUCUCAUCUCCUUCCACCAUCCUUCCUGAAACAAGCUGCUCCAGGAGUCUCAGUAUGGGCCAAUCAGAAUGUCUUCAUGUCAGUGCCAGCCAAUCAGAUUGUGUAGAAUUUAGAUGGUCCCACCCAAAGUGCAAGAGCCCAUAUUUAACAUUUGGUUUUUAAAAACACUUCCAGUUAGAGCAAAAUGUUGAUAGAUCGAUGGAUUACAAAUAAUCACCAGUAGUGGUUUUAAUUGAAGAUCUCAACAGAUCUAGGUACUUUCUAAUUCUAUACCUAGUUUCACUGUCUAGAUAGUGGCUCUAGUAAGCUGCUGUGCCUUUAGUUCAUGGCCAGAUGUAAGAUAGAGUAAGAAUGAAUGAACUCAAGAAGUGAAUGAUAAAGAAAAGUCAUUUCCCUGACAGAAAUCCAUGACCCCAAUCAAUGCACUCUUUUAAGAUUAAAACCGUGCAUAUCGCUAGAUUGGCAUAGCAUAGCAUUUUUGUGUGUGUGUGUGUGUGUGUGUGCGAUGGCUCUACCAAGUCUUUGUGUGUGUGUGUGUGUGUGUGUGUGUGUGUGUGUGUGUGUGUGUGUGUGUGUGUGUGUGUGUUUGGUUGGCUCCCGGCCCUGAGACUUCUGGGCACCUUUUUUGUCACUAAAGCAUUUCCUCCAGCGCCAGCGGAGGACUUGCGCCUAUGUGUUGCGUCGUGUUGAGUUGUCGUGGUGGUCGUGUGAAUCGAGUACAGUACCUGUGCCUACAUGGAUGAGCCCGUGUGUUGCCCUGCUUCAGGGCCUCUUACUCCCUUGCUUUUUAAAGGGGCUUAUGUCGAAAAAAGAGUCUGUUUUUUAAAAAAUGCUUUUGAAAUAUCUCCUAAUCAUGAUAUAUCCUAACCUCUACUCUAUCCCCCUCCUAAUGCCCAAUCCCCAAGGCCUUUACCGGCUCCACUUAAGUGUAAAUUAUGCAUUAUAUAUAGAGCCUCAUUUUAAAGAUGACUUGGUACUUUUAAUUAUUGUAAUUAUUGAAGAGA